CUUACCUCAACCACGAUGUCCGACCAGGAGGCAGAGCGCAAGGCCAAAGCAGCGAGGGCUAAGAAGCUACUCGCUGCUAGGCAGAAAGGGAAAGCAAAGGCUGCCAGUGCGGCUGCUCCCUCCUCACCGGCAUCCACUGCCGUUGUCGAUGAGAGUGCCGCACCGUCCGUGAGAACAAGUCUGAGCUUGGAUGCGCCACCGCAGAUCGAGUCUGAGGCGAAAGUGGAGCCUGGAUCUGGGCCUGAGUUCAGUGUCAAACCAGAGCCAGAGUCACAGCCAGAGUCACAGCCAGAGCCACAGCCAGAGCCUGAGCCGGAAACAAAGCCCAGGUCAGAAUUAGAGCUGGACCACCCCAAGUCAGAUCUCGAUACCAUACCGGAACCCGAACGCCAGCCAAAGCCUGAUCCUUCACCACAGGUAAUCGGCCCAGAUAGGGAGCAGACUCAACCUCCGACCCUUCCUGCUCAUCCUUCAACCCCUCCGACCGACUCCCUCGGCAAUCUGCAGCAGACUGUCUCUUUGCUCAUCCAGGAAAGGACAGACCUGCAGGCCCAGGUGACAGAGUUACAAAAGGCGCUCAAUGUAGCCAAAGGAGAUUCUCAGCUGUUGAUAGAAGGGCGAUCGCUGAUCGAGAAGCUAGAACGUGAGAAGAAGGAGCUCGAGGCAGAGUUGACAGAGGCGAGCCGGGUUGGAGAGGAAGUGGAGCAGCUCAGGCUGGAGGUGAAGCAGCUGCGGGGGGAGCUUGACAUUCUCGGAGACGAGAAGAAGCGGCUGCAGGAGCAGGCUCAAGCUUCUGAGAGAAAGGCUGCGGAUAUCGAAAAGGAACGUGAAACGCAAAUCAAGCAGCUACGGAAGGAUGUGGAUCGAGCGAGGGAGCGCGAAAGUGGUCUGGAGGGCGAAGUGGCGAGGUUGCGUCAGACGCAUGCCGAGCUUUCUUCAAACUUGGAUGCGAUUACAUUGGAGCGUGACCAGCUUCAGACAUCGUCGUCAGCCGACUCCUCAGCUCUCGGUGUGCUGAGGUCUGAACACGAAGCAUUGCAGAACACGCAUGAUGCGCUGAAGGCGGACCUCGCGAAACUGGACGAAGAUCAUAAAACCCUUCGAUCAUCACAUGACACCCUGACGGCAGAUCACGCCGAAGCGUCGUCCUCGCGCGCUGCCCUUGACGAAAGUCUUACUCGAGAGAGGGAGGAGCUAUCACGCAUCAGAACUGAGCUAGAGGAGACGAAGACUAAAGCAGAAGGGAGCGUCAAGAGAGUCGAGGCGGCCGAGAAGAAGCGCGCCGCGCUGCAAGAGGAGAACGGGGAGCUAGUCAAGCAAUUGGAAGAGGUUAGAGGUCGGGUGGUACAGGUACUGGAUGAAAAGGUCGAGUUGGCGGCCAAGCUGGAAGAGUGGGAGCGAAAGGCAGAGAAGCAGGCAGCCGACCGUCAGCGUCUGGGGCAGGCAGAGCAGGAGCUGGAGCGGGCCAAAGCUACGAUCCGGGAACUAGAGUCUCAGCCCAAAUCCAGCGCAAUGCCGAUAGCGCAAGACGAGUCUUUAAUGACCCUCGAGCUAUCUCGUCAAGCGGAACAGAUCCGACAUUUGGAAGCCUCCCUACAUGCGUCAACAUCUCGCGUGCAUAGCCUGUCGAGGGAGCUGUACGACAUGCAAUCAGAGCGAGACGAACUCAUUGCCUCAGGCUCUCGAAGCAGGGGACUAUUCCUGGCCGACGACACAGGCUUACGGUCGCCAUUAUUGGGCGACUCGAGGCAGUUGUCAGUGGAUGCCCUGCUUCCUGCCCAUGUUCGCCGGAAACGUCAAAUAUCGCUGGCCGCUCUCAAAGCAAGAAUGGAUCACAAUUCGGCAGAUGGCCGCAGAGCAAGCCAGGUGUCAGCGGAUGGUCAGAACGCAAAGCCAGCGCAUAGUUCUGGGCUCGGCAAUAUGAGAAAACAGUUUGGAGACGAGAUAGUCUUUUGCUGUCCUGCUUGUGAAGGCGACUUGAUCACAGUAUAAUAUGGCUCAUAUU